AUGACGGGGGGAAUGAGAAGCCCCCGCUGCAACGCUUCCCCCCCACCGACAUGUCACGACGAUACACACACGUUGUCAAAAUCUGCCUCCAUGGCAUUUUGGCUGACUGGUGUGACAUGCGUAUCGGCGGAUCAUCUGCAGCCUGUGUCUUCUCCAAAAGAGGAGGCGGACGGCAGGGACGCCGUUGUGAAGCAGGGGGAGGAAGAAGAACGUCAUGAGCAUGCAUUUGACAGGAACGGUAAAAGUGAAUGCCGCGGCACCAUGCAUCUGGCGCCACUGACACGCACCGCCACUGGGACCGUGGCAUGGCUGCGGGAGGAGCGUAUGCUUAACGGCAGCAAAGGUAGCAACAGGACCGAUCGCGUUGGGGGGGUUCACAAACCAUCCACCUCGUCAGCCUCGAGGGUGCCUGUUCACGUCGUGGAUGAGACUGUGAUGUGCAACUUGGUUCCACUACUACCGCGAACACAUGCCCAGUUUGGAUUUGUUUCACAAAUAGUGCCCUGUACGCUGUGGCCACUCCCCCAUGACGACGCACCCACCACCGCCAGGGCGAUGUCCUUGCAACACGCCGCUGCUCUCGCCUCAGAGUUGCAUUACGAUUCCCUACGCAGGUUGGAGGCGCCAACUACUUUUCUUUCCUCCCCCACAGCUUCGCCGGGCGCACUGGUCGAGUGGCAUUCAGGCGGUGUUGGGUACACAACAGACACGGAGGGACUGUGGGAGGAACAGCGUGUGGUACGGGAGCGUUACUAUCACCUGCCGCCAUUUUUCAUGGACGAUGAUACCUCUCAGACGUCUAGCACAGCCGUUGAAAACGCCGACGAGGGGAACGGUGAUGGCGUAGAUGACUUACGGCAACGGGUGGUAAGGCUUCGAACGCCACCGUCGACACUGACAGGAGCGGUGCGGGAGCAGCUGCAUCGUUUUUGCCGCCUACAACAGGAGCGGCUUUUAAGAAAUGACAGGAGUGAGUGGGUGCUGUGUUUUGCACGACUGGUGACAAUUACAUAUGAGUUGAAUGCGGUGCUUGAACAGCUCAUAACUCAGCGGGAUAUCUCCAAUGCCAAUCCAAUGGCAACAGCAACUCAUUCUCUUUCUCUUGCUGCCACUGAUACUGCUGGUUGUUGUUGUGAUUGCGGGUGUGUGCUUCCAACGUGCGAUGCGCUCCUCGACGAGAUAUUUCUUAUUGGCAUUGUGCCGAACGGGGAGCCACAUCGUCUGUCACUUGUUUCUCCAUCCGAGGCACACCGGAUACUGGUUGAGCAACAGCGGAAGACACAUGCGUCGGUGGAUGAUGGGGGUGGCAAUCUGGCAGAGACAACAGCAGGCACCGCCGAGCCGCAGCAGGCUAUUGCGGAAUCCCUGAUGGAUUUGAUGACAUCGGCACUACGCGAAUCACUCUGCCGUCGCAUCUGUGUGCAGUACGAACUCCUCCGAAUUCUUCGUGUGAAGGGGCUGGCCGAGGCACAUCGCGACUUGGUUCUCCAGUACUCUCGAUGGUACACGAGCGUCCCCACCCCGCUGGCCGUCUUGCAUGUAUUCGCCGGCAGCACACUUUUUGCUCCCCUCGUGGCGCAGCGCUGGCCAAAUCGAUCGUCGCCACGUUUGGGCGUCAUGAACUCUGAAGUCGGCGUGAAGCGUAAGCGGGGAGAGGACGAGGAGGAUGUCGAUGGCGUUGAUGAGGAAGAUGAUGUUGAGGAAAAGGGCAACAGGAACAUAGAGGAAGAGAGGGAUGAGGAGGAAGAGGAGAAGCCUCACUCCACGUCGCUUUCCCGCAAUGGCGAAGACCCCAACUUGGUUGCUGACGUUGUCAUGACGACACCAACGAUGGGCGUGCCAUUUGAAAUGGAUCUUUUGGAUGACGACUAUCCCGCUCGCUUUGCAGCCUGGAUGCGGCGCCAUGGCAGCGGUAAUGCGGGCAUCAACAACAAUGCCGGCAGCAGCGGCGGUGGCAGUAGUAGUAACCACGGUGGUAACAUUGGUGGCGGGUGUGAUGAGGGGACACUCACGACAACGGUUGGCUGGUUGCGCCGGCAUAGACGCACCAUGACCCUUAAGGAGAUUGGUGCAUUUGCCCGCAAGAAACAUUGA